GCCAGGCGCAGAACAGCGCCCCCGCUACCGCGUCUCUGCUGCUUUGUGCUCGCCCGCUCGCCUGCCCGCUCGCCCGCCCGCCAUGGCCAGCCUUAAGGAUCUCGAAGGGAAGUGGCGCCUGAUGGAAAGCCACGGCUUUGAGGAGUACAUGAAAGAACUAGGAGUAGGACUGGCUCUCAGGAAGAUGGCUUCUAUGGCCAAACCAGACUGCAUCAUCACUUGUGAUGGUAACAACAUCACUGUCAAAACCGAGAGCACAGUGAAGACGACGGUGUUCUCCUGUACCCUGGGAGAGAAGUUUGAUGAGACUACAGCUGAUGGCAGGAAAACUGAGACGGUCUGCACCUUCACAGACGGUGCCCUGGUCCAGCACCAGAAGUGGGACGGGAAGGAAAGCACGAUAACAAGGAAACUGAAGGAUGGGAAGCUGGUUGUGGAAUGUGUCAUGAACAACGCCACCUGCACUCGGGUCUAUGAGAAGGUGCAGUGAGGGCUUCACCGUUGCCCUGGACAGGAGUCAGCUCAGUGAGCAGGACAUAGAUAACCACCGACUUCACUUCUUCGGUUUUAUUUUAUGACUGUUCAGUUCUCUCCAUCACAAACACUUUACACGAAACCCAUGUCAAACUUGGUUUACCCAGGAUCGUUCCAUUCCUUUGGUUAGUAAAUAAACGUGUUUGUGCUAA